CUCCCCGCCCGCCGUCCGCCAUGUCGACCAUCCCCGCACGGCUUGCGCGCUCCGCCCGCGUGUCCACCACCCCCAACGCUGCCCGCCAGCGGGUCAUCCAGCUCUACCGCGACUGGUAUCGCAGCGCCCCCGAAAUCUGCUCGAUCUAUGCGCUGAACGUGACCCCGACCUUCGUUCGCCACUGCAUCCGCGCGCACUUCGAGGAGAACCGCUACGUGACCGACACCCGCGUCAUCGACGUGCUCCUGCUCAAGGGCCGCCAGGAGUACCAGGAGACGUUGAACUGCUGGAAGCAGCUCGACCACAUCAUGGGCAUCCUCCUCGCGCCCCGUGGUCGGCCUCAGCGGACUUUCUUGCAAAAGUUCUAUGAAGGGAGGGACGAGGACGCGGUGCUGCCUGCUGCGACGGGUAUUGUGCACCCCAAGGCUGUAUGACCGG